UUAAUAGGAAAAUGCUUUCUUUUUUAUUUUAUUUUUUUCAGUUACAGUAAUUGGAGAUAUAUUAUGGCCGCACGAGUGGCCUCCUGGAGCGUUGCCCUGCCAAUUUUUCACUAAUAUGACCUAACGAAAUAUUGAAGUUCGGUCCCUGUGACAACACAUGUUCCCUUUGGUGCUCGAUGCCGUGGCCGUUUUAUAAAAACGAUCGAGGGAAAACAACGAAUUUGGACGUCAUUUUUGUCGCUCCCCUAGACAAAACAAAACAAAUAGUUCACUGUAAUCUUUGGCGCACUGGCAAACGCGUACGAAAUGCUGUCUCUAAGCUCUAAGCAUGCAUGUAUCUCCUUGGCGUUCUGUCACAGCGUGUUAAUCAAAACGGGGGGUUAAUAUGGGACACUUUUUCUCUAAACACUAACAACGCCUGUUUUAUGUUCUCCUGAAAUAAGAGACUUAUUUUUAUACGCAGUUGACACGGAUAACGCCCACCAAUUAAAUAAGCUUCGCUUCAGAGUAGCGACACUGAGGUCCAAGGCAGAGCAUGAGCGCCACCUUUGUCCCUCGUCCGAACAAAUGUUUGACAAACCGUCCUGGCAAAGAGCACGAAAAACUGCCUUGGUGUCCACAAAUCAACGCCAACUGCCCCUGUCAUGGCUGAAGCCAAGGAGCCUUCACUCGAUUCAACUUAACUCGAUUCAACUCUCCUCCGAAGGCUGGUCAGGGAUGGUUCGCUCGACUAAUGCUUUUGCCGUUUGCUCUUUUCCGCGGAAGCGCGGUAUCGAAACCAGCUGAACGUGUGGUUGUCGAAAAGCGUCGACCUCCACUACGGGUUAUCAAUACACAACUGGACACCGAAAUGGCAACACUCUUCCAAUGCGGACUAUGCGACAUGGUUUUUGAGGAACAUGCGAACGCUCAGACAUGUGAGGCCGGAUAUAUUUCCCAGGACAAAGUGAGUAUCGCUGCUGGUGCGCUUUUCUAUUUUGUCUUCAUGUACGUUGCUUUUCCAUUAUCUAUUUAGCAUAUGUUCACUAACAGCUGCCCUGCAAUGUUUAUUUGUUUCACUGCCUCGUAGCCACGUGGUCCUUGUACAGGCACAGCUUUAUGUGAAACGUUCAAAACUAUAUUAGUAGCAAGGGCUAUUACUGUCUAGCAUUAUUAAUAUUAUUACUUUUGUGUGCGUGUCUCGGAAAUGGGAUUUUAAAUAAAUUUUUCUUUUCUUCCUUUACCUUUACAGUUGCAAGAUGGUUUGUCGGUACGUUCGUGUGAACAGGUUUCAGCCGUUCAGCUCACAUUCGACUCCGACGCCGCGGACAUUUCCGUGACUCAAACCACGCCGGCACAGUCACCUCAGUUGGCAGCCUCAGGAGCUUAUUCUCCCAAAUUGCCAGACUUCUGCGACGGAGGAAGGGCACCAGCAGAGUGGACUGAGCCUGACAAUGUGCGAGGAAAUCCCCAAAAAGGGGCCAGUUCCGCAAGUGUUUUGGUCUACGUAUGCUGCGAGAUACCGGAACUACUGGAAGAACCAAAAUGUCACAGAGGAGCCGUUCGCUCUUAUUCUCGGGCCAUUGCUUAAUCUACUCUACAAGCCGUUUUUUGAACUUGACCAAGAACGUUAUCAGAAAUAUGGGAAAGUAUUCGGUGUCUACGAAGGUGGAAAGCCAACACUGUUGGUGGCCGACCCUGAGAUCAUUAAGAAGGUUCUGGUAAAGGACUUCGGCGCGUUUCCAAACAGACGGCGCAUGACAUUCCAUGACCCUUUAUUGGACAACAUGAUGAGCAUUGCUCCAGUGGAACAAUGGCGCAAAAUUCGUCCAGCAGUGAGCCCUGCCUUCUCUACUGGAAAGCUGAAGAGGAUGACUGACCUCAUUGAGAAUUGUGCAAGAAUCACGAGGGAUCAUUUACAAAAAGCAGCGGAGAAGAACAGUAGUAUUGACUUAAAGCAAUUUUUUGGACAUUUCUCGUUAGACACUAUUGCCAGGUGUGCAUUUGGGACGAAUCUGGAUUCUUAUUCUGACCAGACAAAUGAGUUUGUGUCCAAGGCGAGACAAGCCUUUGGACAAGACCUGAACUUCAAGCUCAUAUUGUUCUUUAUGUUUCCUGGGCUAUUCAAAGUUCUGAAAAUUCGACCAUUCAACUCUGGUGUGUUCCAGUACUUCAAAUCACUUUCAGUGAAUAUUAUAAAACAGAGGCAGGAAAAAGACAAUCGCAAUGAAGAUUUCCUGCAACUGAUGAUGGACGCUCAAGAAGGGAAUCUCGCAGCCUCAGCAGAAAGCACAAAAAGCCGUGACGACGAGCUUUACAACUUGGGUGACGAUGAGAAGACCGUGCAGUUUUCUUCGGACAAAACGCUCACAGAGGACGAAGCUAUGGCGCAAUGCGUGCUGUUCUUCCUCGGUGGCCUGGACACGACAUCGUCGGUCAUUUCAUUUACUCUUUACCUACUGGCUUUGCACCCAGAAAUACAAGACAAACUGAGGGAUGAGGUGAACGAGUGCUUUGCCAAACAUAACAACCGACCGCCCUUCGAUGUGAUAUUGAAACAGAAGUACCUGAAUGCAGUGAUUUCUGAAUCGAUGAGGGUGUUCCCCCCUGGUGUCAGGAUUGAGCGUUCUACAACAGAACAGUACAGGAUUGAUGGCACAAGCAUCGUCGUUCCUGAGGGAUGCGUCGUCGCUAUUCCAGUCUAUGCCAUGCACCACGACGCCCAGUAUUUCCCUGACCCGGAGAAGUUCGAUCCUGAAAGAUUCAGCGACGAGAACAUAUCAUCGAUCCGCCCUUACACAUAUCUACCAUUCGGUGCGGGGCCGAGGAAUUGCGUUGGUAUGAGGUUCGCCCUGUACGCUGUCAAACUAUGUCUUAUGAACGCCAUCCACUGCGCCAGAUUUGUCCGCACGCCAGAAACUCAGGUUCCAUUGAGCUUCUACAAGGGUUUUGGAUUUCUGAACGCAAGAGACAUAACGGUUGGGGUUCAACCACACCAUUUGCGAGCCAAUUAAGAUGAUCGUGGGCCUUCAUGUAACACAUUUGCUUGCGUUCAUUUUGGCUCCAGCGUCUCCAAGGCGGUAAAUAGCAGGACCUACACGACCACCUAUAGGAGCGCCCACAUUAACGACACGAUGGCACCUGUCACUACCCUUAAGGGUCCCUGACGUUCUUGUACCAACUAGGAACUUUGUUGAUCCAAUAACCAUAAUGGUUGUGACUAAAGAUGUCUUUGUUAUGGUAUAACAUUAAACUAAACGUGUACUGGAAAUGAUAUUAUAAACCGAGCACAUCCAGCUUCACUAGAUAAAGUAUUGUAAAACACUUAUUGCACUAUGCAUUUUUUUAAUGUGUUUCUUUCUUUAUUUAUUUUUAUUUUUUGUUAUUUACCCAUGGUACAAAUGAAAUUGGAUGUGGUGAAAGUGCUGAUUAUUUUGCACGUGACUUGGGAAAGAGCAUCUGAGUUGCACAACAGCAAGCGCCUUGAAUCGCCAUAAAUUUAUACACUAUCUGCGUGGUCCUCGAAUAGAUCUGGUGUACCGUGAAAUAAAUAAAAUAUUGUGUGUCUUACAAAAACUGUUCCGCAGAU